CAACCACCGUCUGGGCUGUCCGAAUUCUCCGUGCCUUUGCGUGGCAGAGAAAUUCCAAAGCAGAGAGGGCAGCCCUCCCUAAUGGUCACAGCAGGCUAAAAAAAAAAAGGAAAGGACCCUGGUGUGCUAGCAAAAACAACAACAACAACAACAACACACACAACCAAAGAACUAUGAUCCGACGAGAGAGCAAGCGGCGAUCGCGGACCGAGGCCGCUGGUAAGAUGGAUUCCAGCACCCUCCCAGGAGCCAGCAAGAUCUACCGGCGGAAGAGCCGACGCCAUAUGACCUGCCCCAACCCCCGGGAGAUCAACCAGGCGUUGGCCUGCAUCAGCCUGGGAGAACUGAACCGGUCCUGCACUCUGGAGGAGCUGAUUGAGAAAUGCCUUCGCUCCUUUGAUGUGGAUGGGAAGCUGUGCACCAGCGACUUCAUGGUGAACAUGACACUGACCGUUCAUAGUUGGGUGGUCCCGUCUGCAGAACUGGCUCGCCGUCUUCUGACUUUAUAUCAGGAAUCAGUCCAGGAGAAGAAUCCUUCACGUCAGCUGAGGAUCUGCCACUUUGUCCGCUACUGGCUUGUAAACUAUCCGGAGGCUUUUCACCUGGACCCCCACUUGGAGGAGGUGAUCACGGAAAUCUUAGAGGUGGUGAGGAACCAAGGCCCAGCAGGACAAAACAACAUGCUCGAUACAUCCUGCCUGGUGACUCACACCUGGAACCGUUCCCUCAGUUGCCAACCCAGUCCUGCCGGUGGCAAGAAACGUAAAGUCUCGCUGCUCUUUGAUCACCUGGAUCCAGGUGAGCUAGCCGACCACCUCAGUUACCUGGAAUUCAAGGCUUUCUGCCGCCUCUCGUACUUGGAUUUCCAGAAUUACGUGCUGCGUGGAUCUGUGCACGGGAUCUCAUCUCUGGAACGCGCAAUCACCUUGUUCAACAGCAUCUCCCAGUGGGUGCAAGUGAUGAUCCUGAAGCGUCCCACGCCCCAGCAGCGAGCAGAAGUCUUCACCAAAUUCAUCCACGUGACACAGAAAUUAAGGCAGCUGCAGAAUUUCAACACCCUCAUGGCCAUUGUGGGAGGGCUUUGCCACAGCACCAUUGCUCGCCUCAAGGAGACCCAUGCGCUUCUACCUUCUGAAGUCGCCAAGGUGGUUGCCGAAAUGACCGAACUGCUCUCUUCAAGUGGAAACUAUGGGGCGUACCGCCGGGCCUACGCCGACUGCAAAGACUUCAAGAUCCCCAUCGUGGGAGUCCACCUCAAGGACCUGGUGACUUUGCACGAAGCCCUCCCGGAUCGCGUAGAGGGUGGGCGCCUCAACCUGAGCAAACUGCAGAGCCUCUACGAGCCGGUGUGGGAAUUCCGGUUGCGGCAACGGGCUCAGACGCCCUUCGAAGCCAACAAGGACCUGGUGCAUUUGCUGACGCUCUCCUUGGACCUCUACUACUCCGAGGAGGAAAUUUAUGCCCUUUCGUACUCCCGUGAACCUCGCUGCCUCAAAUUGCUGCCAUCUACCCAGUUCAAGCCCCCUGUAGUUGUGGAGUGGGCACCCAGAGUAGCUACUAAGCCGGACCGUCUCUCUGUCAAGAGGCACGUCCAGCAGAUGGUGGAGUCUGUGUUCAAGAAUUACGACCCUGAUCAACGGGGCUGCAUCUCUCAGGAAGAUUUCGAGACCAUUUCGAUGAGUUUCCCUUUCUCCUUCUAUGGCCUGGAAAGAGAACGGGAAGGAACCUGGAACCGAGAGAACCUCUCGGAGUACUUCAUGAGGGCCUGCGCCAUCUUCUCCAAGAUGGGCCUGGUGGUCCUGCACGAUUUCCAAGAGGUCACUUUUAAGAAACCCACCUUCUGCGACCACUGCAGUGGCUUUAUAUGGGGAGUCACCAAGCAGGGAUACAGAUGCAGGGAUUGUGCCAUGAUCUGCCACAAGCACUGCAAGAACCAGGUGGAGGUGGAGUGUCACACUCGCCGCUUACCGUCCUCCUCCUCCUCCUCCUCCGACAGCACUCCGCGCGCAUCCACAGCCACGCUAGCUAUGAGUCACCAUCCCAGCUCCGGUAUAUGGGCCGUUGAGGGCUCAGAGGAAGAAAUGUUUCUCUUCCCACCAGGAUGGGAACAGGGCAAGAGCCCCAUGGUCUCCUUGUCCAGCAGCCCCGGCAACCGGACGGUCAAACAUGCCAGCACCCAAACCGAGCAGGCCAGCCCAGCAGCUGAGGAGCAGGAGGGACGGCCGGAGGAUGGUUGCAGCAAAACCCAGAAGCAGCUCCUGGAACUGGUGAAGGAGCUGGAAAAGGAACGGGACGGGCUGCUGACGGCCAACCAAUCUCUUCAGAGCCGCUACGCGCAGCUGGAAGCCGAGAACAGGCGGCUGCUGAAAACAGGCAGUCCGGGCUCCCUCUACGAAAUCGCGCCUCGGUUUAUCUGAGUCGGCUUAUCUGUCGCUUUGCCGUCCUCUGCCACGGACUCCGAGGACUGAAGGGAGCUUUCCGGAGGGGCAAGCACCGAGCCUCGGUGUGCCAGGGAGCAGGAGAAGGGACUGGCGGAGGAAGCUGAAAAAUUAAAACGGCAAAGAAGAAGAAAAUUUGGGAGCUGAUAAUAGACGCUGUCCUGGGGGGUGGGGGUGGGGGUGUGUGUUGUUAAUUUCCACCUGAGGAAAUUAACAACACCUUUGCAGUCCUAGAAGGAACGGUGAGGAUCUGGUCCCUUUCCCACGGAGCUUCGUAUUUGUAAUUUAUUUAUUAUGGGUUAUUUUUUUUAAUGUACGAGCAUUUUAUGGCUCUGGCAGCUUUGGGGGAUUUGUAAAUAAAGAGCACAAUUCCGAGAGUUAA